AUGGCUCCUCCACCACGACGAAAUCUCCUGCCAAAGGAGCGAUUCGCAUUCGCAUUCGGUAGCCUCAAGACUCAAAGCUAUCAUGACCCCAUUGCGAGGGGUCCCGGGUCCCACACUAUCCGCACAAUAGCGUGGAAUCCUACCGGGCAGCUCAUUGCUACAGGCUCGGCUGAUCGAACUCUUCGCAUCUGGAACCCCGAGCGCCCAGCAGUCAAAUACUCGACCGAACUGCGCGGCCAUUCCGCGGGCAUCGAGAAAGUGUUAUUUAACCCGGUUAGAGACUCCGAGCUGGCGAGUUGCUCGACGGAUGGUACCGUCAGGUUUUGGGAUGUGCGAUCGAAGACGUGUGUAAGCCGUCUCGAUGUCGGCGGAGAGGCAUUCACAAUGUCGUGGUCGGCUGAUGGGAGGGUCCUUAUGGUGGGAAGAAAGGACGACACCCUGAUCCCCAUUUCGAUAGAAUCGCCCUCUUCAUCAUAUAUUCUGACAGACGGCGUUACCAACCUUCCCCCUACAUCUCCGAAUUCAAAAGAAGGAACGACAAUCUACACCGCACUAGAAUCCCAUCCACAGCCUGUACAGACCAACGCAACAACCUUCUCCCACCACAUCCCCACGCCCACCUCUCCCGACUUGCAUCUCUUCGCAACAACAGGCGAAGGCACCGUCAAGAUCAUGUCGUACCCGUCCUUUGACGUUCUCCACACCCUUCACGCACACACAUCCGCAUGUCUCUCUAUAGCUCUCGCGCCUACAGGCCGGUACCUCGCCGUCGGCGGCAGCGACGCCCUGAUCUCGCUCUGGGAUACAACGGACUGGAUCUGCCGGCGCACAGUCUCGAGUAACAACGGGGGUGCCAUCCGCGGCGUAAGCUGGAGCUUUGAUGGACGUUUCGUCUGCGGCGCCUGCGACGAGGUAGGCUGCGGCGGGAACGGCCUGGAGAUCUUCCAUGCCGAAACGGGAGAGAGCGUCUACACAGUUCCUACGGGCGGCAGCAGUGCUUCCGGCAUACCUACGGUUGCGUGGCAUCCCUCGCGUUACUGGCUUGCGUAUUCUACCACGGCUGAUGGGCCCGGAAGUGCGGGUGCCGGCGGACUGAAGAUCGUCGGCGCGGCUGGUGGAAGCUUAUGA